AUGGUUGCGAAAACGGCUGGAGAGUACACGUUCGCCGAUAUGGUCACCAUUGCCGACGCUUGUUUAGUGCCGCAGGUUUACAACGGUUACAGGUUUGGUGUGGACAUGAAAAAAUUCCCACGCAUCUUACAGAUUUAUGAUGCUUUAAUGCAGCUGGACGCCUUUAAAAAUACACACUCGAGCCUUCAGCCGGACUUUCCCGAAAAAGAAGUGGUGCACUGA